AUGUCCGCCCCGAAGAAGUACGCGUUCCGUCAGCGCCACACGAAGCACAACUACUCGCUCAUCGGCGCGGAGCUGUCCGAUGACGACGACGACGACGACGGCCCGGUCACGCCCGCGCAGCGAUCCGCGGCCGCGGCGGGGCUCGACGCGAGGGCGCUGUCGCACAUGGAAGAGCGCGACUUCGCGCACGUCACCAAGGGCGGCGCCGGGAAGAUCGCGCAGUACCUCAGCGUCAGAAACCACAUCCUGCAGAUGUGGGACGAGAACCGCGCGGCGACGCUGCCCGUCGACCGAUGCCUCUCCGCGCUUCCCGCCGACGUCGCGGACCUCGCGAGGGACGCGCACGCGUGGUUGAGCAAACACGGCGGGAUCAACUACGGCGCCAUCCCGGGCGGGGGCGACGUCGUGGGCGUCGCGAGGGCCGUGGACGUCGCCAAGGCGGAGGCGGAGAAGGCGGAGAAGGCUGCCGCGGCGGGGACGGUGGUCGCGGAGGACGACUUGAUUCUCGAAAAGACGGUUUCGUUUCUUCGCGGCGCGGACAUGAACGCGACGACGGAACGGCAGGUCCGGAACGGCGUGCAAGACGCGCUGGGGAUCGACCUCACGGAGAAGAAGCUCAUGAUACGCGGGAUCGUGACGAAGUUUCUCGAGGACCCGGGGUGUUACGACGACGUCGUCGACGGUUACGCCGCGGCCGCCGCGGAAAAGGAGAGGACGCGCGGCGCGGAGCGAGCCGCGGCGCUGAAGCCGCCGCUCGACGGCAAGGUCAUCGUCGUCGGCGCCGGCCCCGCCGGCCUCGCCGCCGCGCGCAUGAUCGCGCACCACGGCCACGACGUCGUCGUCCUCGAAGCGCGCGACAGAGUCGGCGGACGCGUGCACACGGACUCCGCGUCGCUCUCCGUCCCCGUCGACCUCGGCGCGUCCAUCAUCACGGGAACCGAGGCGGACCCGACGCGACGCACCGGGCUGCCGUGGCGCGGCGUGCGCGCGGACCCCUCCGCGAUCGUCGCGUCGCAGCUCGGUCUUGGGCUUCAUCCGCUCGGGGAUCAUUUGCCGCUUUACGACGGCGAGACGGGCGAGAGGGCGCUCGCGACGACGGACGAACGCGUGGAACGCGUGCGCGACGAGGUGAUGGACAGAGCGCGGCUGCGCGUGGACCGCGAGGGCGCGGACGCGGUGCGCGCGAUGAGCCUCGCGGAGGUGAUCGCGGACGAGCUCUCGCAGCAGCUCGGGGAGGAGGAGGAGGAGGAGGAGGGGGGGGAGGGGGGCGGCGGCGGCGCCGGCGGCGCCGGCGGCGGCGCGCGGAAGAAGAUCAAGCUCACCGAUCACGAGCGUCGACUUCUCGGGUGGCACUGGGCGAACCUCGAGUACGGCUGCAGCGCGCCUCUGUCGAAGAUCUCCAUGGCGCACUGGAACCAGGACGAGACGUACGGCGGCUUCGGAGGCAAGCACGCGAUGGUCAAGGGCGGGUACGGCGCCAUCACGAGCGCGAUGAGCGACGGGCUCGACGUCCGACUCGGCGUCGCGGUGACGUCCAUCACGACGCGCGCGGACGGCGACGCGGACGGCGACGCCGGCGGCGUCGUCGUGACCACGUCGACGGGCGAGACGCACGAGGGCGCCGCGUGCGUCGUGACCAUACCGCUCGGGUGCCUGAAGAACGGCGACAUCGCGUUCGACCCGCCGUUGUCGGAGAAGAAGCGAACCGCGAUCGAGAGGCUCGGGUUCGGGAAGCUCGACAAGGUGGUGAUGGAGUUUACGGAAGCGUUCUGGGACGAGGACGUGGACUACUUCGGCGCCGCGCGCGACGACGACGACGAGGAGGAGGAGGGAGGGGAGGGGAACGAAGGCAACCCUGGCGCGACGACGACGACGACGACGACGACGACGACGACGCGCGGAAGGAUGUUCAUGUUCUGGAACUUGCAGAAAGCCGUCGGCGCGCCGGUGCUCACCGCGCUCGUCGCCGGCGCCGCCGCCGAACGCGCCGAGUCGGAGAGCGACGCGUCGCUCGUCUCGGGCGCGAUGGAGGUCCUGCGACGCAUCUCUUCCGCGGCCAAGGCGAAGAAAGCUAAGGCGGCGGAGAGUAACAGUAACGGCGGCGACGCUGGCCCGGACGCGGACUCGAACUGGAGCUCCAAGGAGGUGUCCGAGCCGAUCGCGCACGUCGUGAGCCGCUGGGGCGCCGACCCCCGCGCGCGCGGCAGCUACUCGUACGUCGCCGUCGGCGCCUCCGCGGAGGAUUACGACGAGCUCGGGCGACCGGAGGGACGCGUGCUCUUCGCGGGCGAGCACGCGUGCAAGGAGCACCCGGACACGGUCGGCGGCGCGAUGCUGGCGGGCUGGCGCGCGGCGAGGCACGCGUUGCAUCUGAUGACGCGCGCGCCGGGGGAGCCGUUCGACGAGGUGUUUGACUUGCUCACGUUGGAGGAGCUCGCGGGGCCCGGGAGCGACGACGACAGCGGGAGCGACGACGACGACGACGGCAGCGACGACGAAGACGAAGACGGCGGCGAGAAGAAGAAGAAGAAGAAGAAGAAGAGAGGGAAGAAGGGACGACGCGGGUACGACGACGACGACGAGGACGGGCCCGAGGACGACGAAGCCGCGCGAGAACGCGCGCGGAAGCGACUCGAGCUCGAGGCGCGAGAACGCAAAGAAGCGUACGAGCGCGAGCAAAAAGAAGCGACGGAGGGAAAAGAAGAAGCGAAGAAGGUCCUCCGCAUCGUCUGCGACGUCCCGAGCGUGCAGAGAGACGGCGGCGGCGGCGGCGGCGGCAGGCUAAUCUCCGGCGACAAGAUGGAGCAGCUGACGCGCGCGAUGAAGGAGUUGGAAACCACGAGCGGCCGCCGCGCGUUCGUCGAGGCGAUGCUCGACAAAGUUCCGUCGUCGCAGCGAGACGACUGGGCGAUCCAGCGCGGCGGCAUGUCGACCCUCACCGAGUGGCUCGAGCAGGUGAGCGUCAAGGAUCACGGCCGCGAGCUCACGCUCCGCGCGCUGCGGCUCGUGUGCGUCUGCCCCGCGGACUUGGACGCGAUUCGAUCGUCGGGCGUCGCCAAGGUUUUAAAGGAGAAAUUUUCGACGCACGCGAAACCCGAGGUGCGAUCGCUCGCGCGUCGGUGCGCGCACAAGUGGACGCAGGCCGCGGCGAAGGCGCGAGCGGUCGAGCGCGCGGCCGCGCACGCGGAAGCCAUGGGGUGGACCGAGGAAGACACCGCGCGCGUCGCGAUGGAGGAGGCGGAGGAACGGAGGCUGCGUCGCCGCGCGGCGGCGGCGGCGCGCGGCGGCGGCGACGACGACGUCGACGUCCCGCUCUCCGAGAAGCGCGCGGCGCUCACCGUGGACGAGAUGAUUGAGCAGGCGUCCGCGCUGCCGGAGGGCGCGGCCGCCGCGGAGGCGCAGAGAGCCGCCGCGGACGCGGAGGAGGCGCUUCGGGUCGCCCAGGAGGCGGUGCGCGAGGCGGACCUUCGCGCGUCCGAGGCGGAGAAGCUCGCGUCGGAGCAGCUCGCAGACGCCUGGAACGUUCGGGGCGCCGCCGGCGUCGGCGUCGGCGUCGGCGUCGCGGGGGGGAAGAAGCAGAAGCUGCGGAUGAAAAACUUCGACGACUUCGCCGCGCAUAAGAUUCGAAAGCGCGAGCACAAGAAGAGAGAGCAGGUGCGGCGCGAGCGCGAGGACGCGGCGGAGGCGGCGGAGGCGGCGGCGGAGGAAGCCGCCGCCGCCGCCGGCGGCGCCGGGACGGCGGCGGCGGCGGCGGAUCCGACCGCGUUCGCGAUCGACGCCUCCAACCCCGUCGCGGCGACGCUCGCGGCCGCGGGCGCGAAGCUCUCCGCCGCGCUCGCGUCCACUCCCGAGAAGGCGCACAAGGAACGCGUGCGGAAGCUCGUCGCGCACUACGCGCACGGGCUGUUGAAGCGACGCGUGAAGGACGCGGAGGAAAAGGGCGCGAAGAAGAUGUCGCGCGACGAGUGCAAACGCGUCGAGGGCAAGGUUGCCGCGAAGGUCGUGGAGAAUUCCACGAGCCUCGGGGAGCCGGGGGACGCGUUCGACGAGCGCUCGUUCUUGUCGGGGAAGCGCAAGGAGAAGAUCAAGGCGCUCGUGGAGUCGUACUGCGCCGCGAAAGGGCGGUGAGACGGACGCGGGAGAGGCGGGGCGGGGCGGGGCGUCGAGAGCGAAACUUUUCAUUACAUUUUUUGGACGCGGCGGGCGUUCGCGACGACGACGACGACGACGCGGCGGGUUCUGUCGGUUGUUGGUAAUAACGACGGCAUCGCAA